GUAGCCCCUCUCAUUAGCGCAGACUCACGGAGGUGUGUCUGAUUACUACAGCCUUCGUUUAGGCGAAGGAUACGACAGUUGGUGGAGUUGAGCCCUUGGAGUGAAAAGCCUGGAGUUACGCUUGUGCCCGUUGGCAGACAGGUUUAGUUCUUCAGUUAGGAAAGAAACAUCACGCGUAAAGAGCUAUCCCUAGUUUGGGAAGUGAAGGAUAUUUAUAAACAUAAACUGUAUUGUAGAAAUCAGUGCUGUUGUCUUCUUACGUCUAGCAGCUGGAAUCAGGGACGGAAAUAAAACAAAGAAAUUAAGAAGUCUAGUACACAUAAAUCUCCAAGGAAGUAAUGUUCGAAACUUUCCCUUGAUACUAACCAGGCUUAGACUGGAUGGAAAAGGAGGAAUGGUUGAAAAGUGAGCUGCAUGUAGAAAUACUUGAUUUCAGAAUUUCUUUUGCUGGAAGCUAACCGGGGUUUGCACAGGCUAAAUAACAGUUUUCUCACGGCGUGGAACGCCAAGCUGAUCCCCAAGCACUGCACAAUUAAGUGAAAUUUUCUUGCAUUUCGCGAAUUCGCCUCCCAUUUUAUUACAUAUGCUUGUAUAGUUUACGGGCUAGAGAAGGAUUACUAGGAGGGGGCGUAACUCGUGUACGAACCCUGAUAUGAGGGAAGUUUAAUUAAGCUGGAGUGCUCUGUUGCUGUCAGGGUUUAAUUCCUACUCGGCUGCUUACUUUUUUUGCCUUGAGGGUCUUUGAAAUCAGCGCCCUCUGAAGAUGAUGCUGUCCCGCAGUGUUUUGGAUGUGAAAGUCGUGGACGUGGAGAAGCGAAGGAACCCUUCCAAGCAUUAUGUAUACAUCAUGAAUGUGUCCUUUUCAGAUUCCACUUCCCAAGUCAUUUACCGCCGUUACAGCAAAUUCUUUGACCUCCAGAUGACGCUUUUGGAUAAAUUUCCUAUUGAAGGAGGACAGAAAGAUCCAAAGCAGAGAAUCAUCCCCUUCUUGCCAGGUAAAGUUCUGUUCCGAAGGAGCCAUGUUCGAGAUGUUGCAGUCAGAAGAUUGAAGCCCAUCGAUGACUACUGCAGGGCACUAAUUAAACUUCCUCCUCACAUCUCACAGUGUGAUGAUGUUGCAAGAUUCUUUGAGCCAAGGCCAGAAGAUCUAAACCCACCAAAAGAGUAA